AUGAAGAACUCAAGGAGGAAGGCGAAGGCAGUGAUCGUGGGCGGCAGCAUAGCCGGGGUUUCUUGUGCACAUGCCCUGAUAGCAGCAGGGUGGGAUGUGGUGGUUCUGGAGAAGACCUCCACUCCACCGGAAGGUUGCGCCACCGGCGCAGGACUUGGGCUGGAUUCUGUAUCAGAGAAGCUCAUCCAGCCAUGGAUUACACAACCUGAACUUCUCCAGGUUUUAUCCUUGCCCAUGACAAUCGAGCAUGAACAAGCUACUGAUGCAGACAAGAAGAUUACCUGGACGCUGACAAGAGAUGAUAACUUCAAUUACAAAGCAAUGCACUGGGCAGAUCUUCACAGAAUUCUGUACCACUCUUUAUCACCAGAAGUUGUUCUUUGGGGCCAUUUGUUUGUCUCCUUCUCCAUUUCUGAUGACAAAAGAUCGGUGAAGGUGCAAGCAAAAGUUCUCCAAACUGAUGAAACCAUCGAGAUAGUCGGGGACUUGCUUGUUUCAGCAGACGGUUGCCACUCUGCAAUACGGAAAACUUUUCUUCCAGACCAUAAACUGAGAUAUUCAGGUUAUUGUGCAUGGAGAGGGGUUCUUGAUUAUUCAGAUAACCCACAGUCCGAAACUGUAGUGGCACUCAAGAAGGCAUACCCUGAUCUUGGAAAAACUAAUUAUUUCGACAUAGGUUCAGACGGGCAUGCUAUCCUCUACGAGCUAAUUAACAAAAGAAUAAACUGGAUCUGGUAUCGCAACCAAACAGAGCCAGACUUUAAGGGAAACUCUGUUACCACAAAAGUUAGCAAGGACAUGAUCGAAAAAAUGCUAACAGCAGCCGAGAAAGUGUGGAUACCUGAAUUCGUGAAAGUGAUGCGGGAGACAAAAGAGCCAUUCCUGAAUGCAAUAUAUGACAGUGAUCCAUUAGAGCAAUUGUAUUGGGACAAUGUGGUGUUGAUCGGAGAUGCAGCUCACCCUAUUAGUCCUCACGGCGGUAGGAGCACAAACAUGUCGAUACUCGACGCAGCAGUGUUGGGGAAAUGCCUGGAGAAAUGGGGUGUUGAGAAGCUGAGUUCAGCCCUGCAAGAAUAUCAGUCGAUCAGGGUGGUGGUUGCUAGAGAACAGGUCCUGUUCUCGCGGAGAAUGGGUAGGAUAAAACAGCGUUUACCUCUGCCUGACCGCGAGCUGUUUGAUCCAGUGACAGCAGACCAGAAGGAAUGUGAAGCCCUGCGCCUUAGGAACAUACCUUAUUUCUGUGAUGUUCCAUCCAUAUUGAUUUAAUAGAGAGAAAAAGCUUGAUGAACAUAACAAUGGCUAACCUGGAUGGAGACCCGCGCUGCGUGCACGCGGAGGCGAUAAAAAAU